AGGGGCGGGCUUUCACGCUAAUCUUUACAAAAUGGCGACUGUUGUUGUUUUGCCGCAGGGUCAGUGAAUAAAUCCGCUUUUCAUUUCAUUAAAUUUCUGCACUAAUUUGCAGAAAUAGCACCAGGAAAAACCCAGGCGCCCCAAGGGUCGGCUCCGUGUGGACUGAAAUGAAAGGUAAAGAGCGGUCGCCGAUUAAAAAACGCUCCCGGGCCUUGGACGAUAUUCGAGACAGGGGAGGAUGCCACCCGACCAGCAAGAAAAUGGGGGCUCUCUCCGUUUCCAGUGGGAGUAAUAAUGGAAAUAGCUCGACCAAAAGCGACGGCGGCUCGACGCGACGGAGUCUACUUGGUGAAAAAAGAGACAGAGAUUUCGACAGCCAUAGUCGAACUGGAAAUAAUCACAGUUGUCAGUCCGCUGCUGCUAGCUCCGUCGGUAAAAACCACAAUCUGAGCCUGACGCUGGAUUUAGCCUCACCGAGGACCACUUCACGGGGGGAGCAGCGGGUCCAGCCGCCCAGCGCCGAGAGUGAGUACAAAACCCUCAAAAUAAGCGAUCUCGGCACCCAGCUGAGCGACGAAGACAUAGAGGACGGACUCUUUCAUGAAUUCAAAAAAUUCGGGGAUGUGAGCGUUAAGAUAAGCCGUAGCAACGACGAGCGGAUAGCGUUUGUGAAUUUCAGGAAGCCGGAGGACGCCAGAGCUGCUAAACACGCCAGGGGACGGUUGGUGCUGUACGACCGGCCGCUUAAAAUUGAGGCGGUGUACAUAAACAGGAGGAGAAGCCGCUCCCCUGUGGAGAGAGACUUGUAUGGUGCGGCUCAAAGCCAUAGACAUUUGCAGAGACCCCUCUCGCCCACGGGGCUUGGAUACAGAGACUACCGGCUGCAGCAGCUGGCCCUGGGACGGCUCCCCCCUCCCCCGCCGCCACCUUUGCCUAGAGAACUGGAGCGGGACAGGGAGUUUGCCCUGUUUGAAGCCAGGGCACGUCCAGCUUUCAUCGCAGAGCGGGCAGCAUUUCGCGAGGAGGAUUUUAUAUCCCCAGAAGAUGACCAAAGAGCCAAUAGGACGUUGUUUUUAGGCAACCUGGACAUAACUGUUACGGAGGCCGACCUGAGGAGAGCCUUUGACAGGUUUGGGGUCAUUACAGAAGUGGACAUUAAAAGACCUACACGGGGACAAACAAGCACGUAUGGAUUUCUGAAAUUUGAGAACCUUGACAUGGCUCACCGUGCCAAGCUUAGCAUGUCUGGCAAAAUAGUGGGCCGCAACCCCAUAAAGAUAGGCUAUGGGAAGGCAACUCCCACCACGCGCCUGUGGGUGGGUGGACUUGGACCCUGGGUUCCUUUAGCUGCCCUCGCAAGAGAGUUUGAUCGCUUUGGCACUAUAAGGACCAUAGACUACAGAAAGGGGGAUACAUGGGCCUACAUUCAGUAUGAAAGUUUGGAUGCUGCACAGGCAGCAUGCACACACAUGAGGGGCUUCCCACUGGGAGGUCCAGAGAGAAGACUUAGAGUGGACUUUGCAGACACUGAGCAUCGUUACCAGCAGCAGUUCCUGCAGCCUCUUCCAAUUCCACCGUUUGACAUGGUGGCGGAGUCAUUUGUCCACCGUGCCACACCUGAACCGCUGAGGGUCAGGGAACGGACUCCACCGCCACUUCACUUCAGGGAGAGAGAACUCUUUCCUGGAACCGAGUGGCCCAACCCAGCUAUUCGUGAACGGGUACGUGCCUCACCCUUUGAGUCUCUGGAGCACUUGGAACGUGAGCGGCGGGCACGAGAGCCCUGGUCUUUGGAGCGAGAGCUGCAGGGGCGAGAACCUGUACGCAAGCGGCGUGUAAUGGAGGACGGACGACAUAUAGAACACUCCCCUGACAGCACUGAGAGGACAGUUAGGCGUAGGCGUGCUUCUCCAGAUGGCAGUCCUGGAGGUAGCAGCAGAGAUGGAGGUCGCUUCAGUGACUCAGAGCGCCCUAUGCGGGGCGAGAGACCCUCCCCAGCACGAGAACGCCACAGUAGCUUGGAAAGAGGCGGGGUUGAACGGAGACUCAAAAGCCAGAGUCUCUCUGACAAGGGACCUUCAAGCAGUGGUGUUUCAGCACUUGGAGAACGUAAGCGUAAACCAGGCGACGGUGGCAAAGGGCUGGCCAAGAGAGAACGCUCGGAGAGCAGCUCCAAGGGAGGCCAGCUGUCCAAGCCGGACGGCACCAGACUCAGUUUGGCCUGGCACGGUAUGCUGUUGCUGAAGAACAGCAACUUCCCAGCCAACAUGCACCUUCUGGAGGGCGACCACACUGUAGCCAGCGACCUACUUGUUGACGGCACAACAGGGAGGCAGGUGAGCGAGCUAAAGAUCACCCAGCGUCUCCGACUGGACCAGCCCAAGCUUGACGAGGUGUCCCGGCGCAUCAAGGUGGCGGGUCCCGAUGGCUACGCCAUCCUGCUGGCAGUUCCUGGGACCACAGAGGAUACAUCUUCAUCUGACCCUGCAGCCUCAACCCAGCGGCCACUUCGGAACCUGGUGUCCUACCUCAACCAAAAACAGGCAGCAGGAGUCAUCAGCCUGCCCGUGGGAGGGAGCAGAGAUAAAGACAACACAGGGGUUCUUCAUGCUUUCCCUCCCUGUGAUUUCUCCCAGCAGUUCCUGGAUUCCUCUGCCAAAGCUCUGGCUAAAAGUGAAGAGGACUAUCUGGUCAUGAUUGUGGUUCGUGGAGCAUCUUAAAAAAUCAGAACACACUAAGUUCAAGUCAUGUAAAAAAAAAAAAAUCUGCUGUAUGUCAGUAACUAUUGCAUGCUGUGUGUUCUGCAUUAUGGGGUGCACUAGUAUGGUUCUUGAGUGUUUGUAUGUUGCCAUGUAAUCCACUAAAAGGACAAAUAUUGCCCUUCAACAAAACUAAAAGGGUGUGUGGUAUUGAAAUGAUUUUUUGAAGGGUGUAUGAAUUGCUCACAGAGUCAUAAACCUGCAGUAAUUCAUUCAGAAUACCGUAAAACAUCAGGAGCAUUUGAGGAAUAAAUUUCAGUUUCAUGUAGAAGUCAGAGAAAAAAAUUUGGUUCAUUUUCAGGUUUAAAAACUUAGCUAUCCAUAUACACCAGAAGAAAAGGUAAAGAACAUUUGGAAAUAUAAAGAGUGGACACAAUAACACCUCCACUACAAUAAGACCACAAACACUGAUCUCACAAAUUAUUAUUGCAUUAAGUCCACAUCUCCAAGAAACAGUGUUAACAAAAGCGGAAAACUACAAGCUAAACAAAGGUCGUGUUUGUUCCUGGGCUAGUAUACUGUAUUGCCUCAAAUUGUACAGGUGUUGUUGUGUCUACCUCCUAAACAGGUAUGUACAUGAUGGGAAUCAGAAGACAACAUUUUUCAAAGCUUUGAAUUACAGUGCAAUAAUAUUUCAACUAUAAUCACUUUUUGAUGGAUGGAUACAAAGGUGAGCAUGACAGUUAUGAGUUUAUGGGUUUCAGUAAAGGUGCAGUGAAUGAUUUGAUACUGCAGUUGAAAUGCUAAUCUCUUCAGAGGAAUAACCCUGUUACCAUUUUGACGGUCAAAACAUGUCGCACAGCUCUACUCUGGUGCACCGUGCUCCACUUACCAAAGGGGUUUUUGCUAUCUUGCUCUCCAUCAGGUAACCACCCUGAUGGCAGCAAGAUAGCUUGAAGAAUGUGGUGAAUGCAGAACAGUGUGCAGAGGAAGAGUUGUGCUAUAUGUUCUGCUUUAAACGGUCUUGUGUUGAAGCUCACACAGGAAAGUAUUUUGAAGGUCAGCAGGUAAAAACUGUCUAAAUGCAGCUCAUAUAUUUCAGUUACCGUUGUCAGCUGUGUUUUUUAAUUAAGGUUCAUGGUUUGGAUUUGAGUGUAUUUUUAUUGUGUUCCUCAGUAUUGGAACACACAAAUUUGCAAGAUAGACAAUGAACUCAGCGUGUGUGUCCAGUCCACUGGUAAAUCUAAAUUGUCAUGUCAACUCUGUGGAAUGCUGAAUACUAACAGAUGUGAGAGUUUUGCCCCUGGGAACAACCCAUAACACAAUAUGCAUAGCAUAGUAAAGCAAAUACUAACAUGUUUCUCAUAUUUUUUACUUCAUACUUUAUUUUGUGCAUCCCCACCUUUAGAAAUGGUUGUGUAAUGUGAUCUCUGAAAAAAAAAAAAACUACAGUAGUAAUGGAUAAAAAGCUUAGAGAAGUUUGUGUUGAUAUUUGACAGUCUGUUUCAUUUAUUGCUCUGAAACCAGUAGGUCCUCCAUGAAUAAUAAUAUUCAGUAUGAUUAAAAUGUUGGUACAAAGUAACAAAAACCUGCUAUUUGUCAGUAAGUAGGUCUGUGUAAUUUUAAAGUUUUAGCAGCACCAUAACCGUUAAUGUUAAUUUAAGUCUUAGAGUUCAAAAUUUGAUAGUAUUUUACUCAUGACUGCCAACAUGUUCCAAAGGCCUACUUAACAUAUUUUCUUUUGCCAUUGUAUGUUUGUCAUGCAAUAGUAAUCCACCCCGAAUUAUAAUUUGCUGAGUUUGGUUUGAUAUGUAUUGAAAACAUUCUUACGUGGGAAAAGUUGUUAUGUGUCAACAUCACACCCACUGCAACGUUGGACUCCCGAGGAGACGAGUGCAGAGCUGAAAACCUCUGCAGAGAAGGCAACCUAGUGUUUGUGAGUCCUCACUGACGAGGCAACUUUUAAGUUGUGUAGUCCAUCUGCACCUGUGAUGACUUCUGUUUUAAAUGGAAAAUUGAGCAAUGUACACUUUGAUGUCAUGGGAAAGGAAAAUCCAUAGAGCCCAUGCGAAGCUGUUCACAUACCUGAGAGUGCAUUUGGGCACUAAAUGUGACCGAUUAUCAAUAAAUUGUUCAUUUGAAGGGAAACAUGUUUCUUCGAUGGAAGUGAAUUGAAGAAACAAGCUGCCAUGCCUUAUUGUGUUUUCGAAGGAGUUGUCACUUGAAAUCUUGUUUCUGCACACGAAAAGGGAGACGAUUUGCAGUUUGUUUAGCCACCAGCGAAGAGAGACCCCUGUUUCGUGUGAGGAUCGCUGUUUGCUUACAGGCCUGCUCUGAGCUCCUAAGUUGCCCAUCAUAAAUUACUCCCUCCCUCAUGAUCCCCUAUUAUACCCUCAACUGUUCCUGUUGGCAUGUGAACACCAGAUCAGGAUCGAGGAGCCUCCGCUUUCCUUGUUUACAGCCAGAGUCCAGUUUGCAGUGUGAAACAGUGGCAGAUACAGACAGCGGUGCAGUUCGGGAGGCGAGGGCCCGGAGCAAACAGCAGCACAUGCCAGUUUCCUGUUGUUUUCCCUGCUCGUUACGCUAAAGGUUUCAUGUGCGUUGUUCCUGGUUCUGAGUAGGAGCUGAGGAAGUCCCAUCAUCUGCCGUCACACACUCCGCUCGGGAGAUUGUGGGUGACACUGCUCUGAAAUUUCCAUAGCAUCUACAGCUGUCUCACUGCAGAGGCCAAGCUGAACCGCUGGGCUGAUUUGUCUUUAUUAUACUUUGCCCAGUUAUGAUUUGAUUUGACUUAAUGUUUGGCUCAGGGAAGAGGAUUUGGCCCCAACCUCAGCUAGGAAUAUUGUUUGCCCCCAUCUUUGUGCUCUCCUCUGAUUGAACCCUCUCCGAGGAGAUGAGUGAAGAAGUGUGUUUUGCUGUACUGAAGCUUUAUUUCGUUGUCGUCUGAGGGUCUGCUGCAGCUUGGAAAAGAAACAAGAACAGGCCAGAUUGUUUACCCUUUUUGACGUCGCUGGAAGGAAUCCACACUGCGGACCCCGCCCCUCCCCUAAAUUCUUCUAGGAGACCUUUUUAAUUUGCCUAUGUCCCUUUUAUAAGUUUACACAGGAAAAGAGUGUUCUCCAUUUCCUCCUGCCAUCCAUUUUAGUCAUAUUAGUGUGAAAAAUGCUGUGUUCUGUGCUGAGAAGGACGCCCUUGCUUCACUAGAGAAACAUUGCCAUCUUGAGGACCAUGGAGCGCCUGCUUUCCUCUCUCACAGUCAGCUACCUGAUACAUCACACUCAUGCACACCAGACACCCAGGACAGAGCUGGUAUCACUGUACGACUGGUGUACAGAACGGCGCGAUGGUGAGUAAGAGAUAAAGUGCUGCUUGCCAGGUCUGUAUCGGUGGCUUAGGCAGCAGUGGUAAGUACAAAAUGUCAGCACCACAUGUUUUACAAUAACAAAUGCAAAAUGGCACACACUGGUUUCAAUCCAAAGUCAUUACUGAGGUCAUUUCUACUGAUGGCAAUUGGCACAAGUCCCAGACCCUGGUGUGAGGUAAUAGAACCAUUUACUGCGCACAAUAACAUAUUGCAUAUAGUACUGUUUUGAUCACCAGCUACAUAAAAUAUGAAAGAUGUAGUCCAACUGAACUCCUACAUUUGAUAAUAUACUCAUGCAGAGGCCUUAGUUAAAAUGAUAUUGUUCAUGUACAUUACAAAAUUGCUGUUCUGUAAAAGGUUGAAGUGCUUAGAGAGAACAGACUAAAUUUGGUGAAUUUUUGCAGCAAGACUACUGCAGCAGUUGAUUAGAUGCAUAUAUGGUUGUUUUUGCAGCUUCAUUACAGAUGCAAAUGUAAUUCCCACCUUUCACUUUGAUGAAAAUUUAUUAUGUCAGUGAUGGGGAAAAAGCCUGAAACUAGAGGCAAGGUUAACAUGAUGUGGUCUGUGAGGAAAUUGUGGUGUAGAUUCACUUUUAAAGGCUUAAUUGUUGCGCAACAAACAGCCUCAAACCAGUUUAUUCUCUUUUAAUACUCACAGUUAUGUGGAACAUCAUUCGAAAGCCGCCCCUGGUCAUAGAUGAUUAUUGAUCAUUCUAAAAGAAACCUUUCUGAUUAUUUCUUGUUAAAGACUAAAGUUUUAGCAUGGGAAUUGUAAUUUAAAGGACUUAUGAUAACAAUAAAAUGGCUUCAGGUAUGAAAUAGUUUUUUGGCCACAGAUGGUUAAUGAAUUAGAGAACAUUAAUGUGAGAUUUAAAGGAAGCCUACUCCAGGACCUUAAGUCACAUGCCACCAGUUAGCAAUCAAAAUAUACCCUGUGAAAAUAAAUGUAAUCAAUCUGUGGCCAAUACUCAACUUUUUAAUCUGGCAGCCGACACUUCAGUUAUACCAGUGUAUCUUGAACUCUGCUCCCAGUGUGUUCAAACUGUAUAGUUAUAUGUGCUUUUUGUUAUAGAGCCACAGUUGAUGUUAUUUGACUGAAGUUUGAGGAAACAUACAAUUAAAUAUUCACUUUAAAUAUCCUUAUGAGGUUUGACACAUCAAAUGCUACUGGAGCAUCCAUAUGCCUGGUAAGGUUUUUUGGAGUGUUUUGUGUAAAAUCAGACAUAAUUUAAUCUAAUUUCUAAUUAAUCUAAUUUAAGGAAAAAAGAUAAGUACAGAUAGAAAGAGAUGAGAAACUGAUAUUAAUAUAUGGAUUUUGUCCUUAUACACAGUGUUAAGGAAAAGAGGAAAUUAUCUAUUAGUAUUUGAAAGCUUACUUUACACAACCCAUUUACAUUGAUCUUAAUACAGACCACAUCCUUACUACAGUAAAAUAUACUGAUUGUAAAAUGUCACCAGCUUUUAAAUAACAAAUAUUACCUAUAAUUCCUUCUAAAUAGAGUAUAAUUUUGUGCUAGUGUUAGUAAGAUACUUAACUUUUCUUAAAUUUAAACUGGUGCACAAUAUGGCAUUGUACAACUUCCUCUGUUCAACACAUCUCGUGUUGUAAUAUAUUUGCUCAUACAUUACUGUGAAGAAGACAAUUUGAUUUUCUGGUAGACAGUUAGCCACAAAUGUGUUAAUUAAAAUUUCACACUUGAUCUAUGUUUUCUGUGCUGACUGCAGUUCAGUGGGAUAUUGUCACAGUGCCAAUCAACAUUUACAUUUCUCAAAACAAGUAUUAAUUUGCAAUAACAAGCCCUUUUCCAGCUCCCACAUUCAGAGCAUUCAAACUGUUGUUAGUGAACAUUUAACACUGUAAACUGCUGUCAAGAUUUAAACAUGUUUGCAUGUCUCCUAUGCAGAGCUCCACUGGCCAGCAGCUGGUACACUUUCCAGGCCACUGACAAACACACCAUCAGGUCUCAUCUCCUGUAAGUAACCUGUAAGUUUGCUUUGAUUAACAAUAUUAAAUGACAAAGUGUGAAAUCAUUUAAAGUGGAUAUUUUUAGAGAAAUAAUUGUAACAAGCCUUUGCUGGGUCUACUUUUGAACUAGUAUGUCUAAAUGAUGUGUCAAUAAAAUGUGUUAAAUUUA